AUGGAGGGGCUGCGGGGCCGGGACCCCCCCUUUGCCCAGGUGAUCCCUCACCUGUCCGAGGAGGAGGAGGAGGAGGAGGAGGAGCAGCCAGGUGAGGAGGAGGAAGGGCCAGGUGAGGAAGGAACUGGUGAAGAACCAGGUGAGGAGGAAGAUGCAGGUGAGGAGGAAGAUCCAGGUGAGGAGGAAGAACCAGGUGAGGAAGAAGACCCAGGUGAUGAAGACCCAGGUGAUGAAGAUGCAGGUGAGGAAGAAGACCCAGGUGAUGAAGAUGCAGGUGAUGAUGAAGACCCAGGUGAUGAAGAUGCAGGUGAAGGGAACCCAGGUGACGACGACGACGACCCCGAGCCAGGUGCGGCCCGCCAGGUGCGCCCCUCUCCAGGUGACCCCUCCACCUCCCGCCUCCGCCGGCCCCGCCUUUACCUGCGGCCACGCCCAGCCGUGGAAGAGCCCGGCCCCUCCCACCUGCAGGCGCCCUGGGACCACCCAGGUGCGCCGGGGGCCGCCUCACCUGAGCCAGGUGCGCCGGCCUUCGUGCAGCUCAUCGACGAGCGCGGCGUCUACUCCACGGCCAAGCUGGUGCUGGGCGGCCGCUCAGGUGCGCCAGGUGCGCCAGGUGAGGAGGACGACGAGGACGAAGAAGAGCGCCGAGCCCCGCCCGAGGAGGAAGAGGAGGAGGAGGAAGAGCUCCCCGCUCACCUGGAGAUCCGCCAGGUGAUCGUGGCCGAGAAGCCCUUCCAGUGCCCCGUGUGCCACAAGGGCUUCAAGCGCACCUGGGAGCUGCUGAGCCACCAGGUGGUGCACACCGAGGCGCGGCCCUACACCUGCCACCUGUGCCGCGCCACCUUCAAGCGCCACUCGGACUUCAAGAGCCACGGGCUGGUGCACACGGAGGAGCGGCCGCACAGGUGCGACCUGUGCGGGAAGCGCUUCAAGCGCUCCUCCAACCUGCAGGAGCACCGCCGCAUCCACAGCGGCGAGCGCCCCUUCACCUGCCCCAGGUGCGCCAAGGGCUUCAAGACGCCCUACGAGCGCCAGCGCCACGCCCUGACCCACCUGGCGGCCGAGAAGCCCUUCAGGUGCGGCGAGUGCGGCAAGGAUUUCCCGGCGGCCAACGCGCUGCUGCUGCACCGGCGGCACAGGUGCCAGGACAAGCCGCACACCUGCGGCGUCUGCGGGAAGCGCUUCACCUACGGCCACUCCCUGAAGGUGCACGAGCGCGUGCACACGGGCGACCGGCCCUUCAGGUGCGCGCUCUGCGGCAAGGCCUUCAAGCAGAGCAACGCGCUGGCCUCGCACGAGCGCGUGCACACAGGUGAGCGCCCCUUCGCCUGCCGCACCUGCGGCAAGGCCUUCAAGCAGUCGUCCUACCUGGCCAUCCACCAGCGGGCGCACACGGGCGAGCGGCCCUACAGGUGCGAGGCGUGCGGCAAGGCGUUCGCCCGGCCCUCGCUGCUGCUGCAGCACCGGCGCGUGCACAGCCAGGUGAGGCCGCACCAGUGCGGCCACUGCCACAAGUUCUUCAAGGACCUGGCGUACCUGGCCGUGCACGAGAAGGUGCACACAGGUGAGACGCCCUACAAGUGCGGCGUGUGCGCCAAGGGCUUCGCGCACCCCUCCAACCUGCUGCAGCACCAGCGCGUGCACCGCGACACCUGAGCCGCGCGCCAGGUGAGCGCCUGUGCUCACCCGGAAAGGUGCGGCGUCCUCGGCCGAGCGCCGUGGGCGGAGCCCCAGGUGAGAGGACUCGGUGGCUGUGAGCCCCGACAGGUGUGCACCCCAAAACUGCAGCAGGAACACCUGGACUGCAACACCUGAGCUCCAGGUGAGAGGACUCGGUGGCUGUGAGCCCCGACAGGUGUGCACCCCAAAAAUGGAGUUUGGACCCCAAAACUGCAGCCGGAACACCUGGACUGCAACACCUGAGCUCCAGGUGAGAGGACUCAUUACCUGUGAGCCCGGACAGGUGUGGACCCCAAAAAUGGAGUUUGGACCCCAAAACUGCAGCAGCAACACCUGGACUGUGGCACCUGAGCCCCAGGUGUGGGAACCGCAGAACUGCACACCUGGACAGGUGUGGACCCCAAAAAUCUCCUGAAUGGAGCCUGGUAGGCUCCAGAACUGCAGCAGCAACACCUGAACUGCAACACCUGAGCCCCAGGUGAGGGGACUCAUUACGUGUGAGCCCGGACAGGUGUGGACCCCAAAAAUGGAGUUUGGACCCCAAAACUGCAGCAGGAACACCUGGACUGCGACACCUGAGCCCCAGGUGUGGGGACUCAUUACCUGUGAGCCUGGACAGGUGUGCACCCCAAAAAUGGAGUUUGGACCCCAAAACAGCAGCAGGAACAGCUGGACUGCGACACCUGAGCCCCAGGUGAGGGGACUCAUUACCUGUGAGCCUGGACAGGUGUGGAACCCAAAAAUCUCCUGUGGAACCCAAAAAGGUGCAGCAGAAGCACCUG